AUGAAUUAAACAGCAGAAAGCUAAUUAGAUUAAAAAAUAUGUAUAGAAAUUUUAUAAGAGUCAGAGCAAAAUUUCAAAAAAACUCAUUCAUUUGAAGAGAGAUUCAUAGAAUACUAAAUAAUAAGAUGCAAUUAUCCUGGAUUUAUACCAAUAGCUUGCGAAUUAGAGAAUAUAACAGAUGUUGAUGUAUCGAAGCAUAUCAAUUUCAGGUUUUAUGUAUCUGAUGAUAUCUUUGUUGGCCACCUUAAGAAUUAUUUGAAGGAGUUAUUUUAAAAAAGAAUAAAAACAAUGAAGAAAUCUCACCGCCUUCAUUUACUGAUUGAAGAUGAUGUCAUAAUUAAACAUGAUAUUCCAAUAAAGGAGGUUUAUACUAAAAAAGUUGAACCUGAUGGAUGGCUUUAUCUAAAACUAUCAAUCGAUUAUUGA